AUGCUGAGGCUCAGAACCAUGUGCGGGAGCCUGAAGCUCCUGGGCAUCCGCCGCACCUCCACCGCCCCCGCCGCCUCCCCGAACGUCCGGCGCCUGGAGUACAAGCCCAUCAAGAAAGUCAUGGUGGCCAACAGAGGUGAGAUAGCCAUCCGCGUGUUCCGGGCCUGCACGGAGCUGGGCAUCCGCACGGUGGCCGUGUACUCGGAGCAGGACACGGGCCAGAUGCACCGGCAGAAAGCGGAUGAAGCCUACCUCAUCGGCCGUGGCCUCGCCCCCGUGCAGGCCUACCUGCACAUCCCAGACAUCAUCAAGGUGGCCAAGGAAAACAACGUGGAUGCGGUACACCCUGGCUAUGGGUUCCUGUCGGAGCGUGCGGACUUUGCCCAAGCUUGCCAGGAUGCCGGGGUCCGGUUCAUCGGACCGAGCCCGGAGGUGGUCCGAAAGAUGGGAGAUAAGGUGGAGGCCCGGGCCAUCGCCAUCGCCGCAGGUGUCCCCGUGGUCCCUGGCACUAACGCUCCUGUCACUUCCCUGCACGAGGCCCAGGAGUUCUCCAACACCUACGGCUUCCCCAUCAUCUUCAAGGCCGCCUACGGGGGCGGGGGCCGCGGCAUGAGGGUGGUGCACAGCUACGAGGAACUGGAGGAGAACUACACCCGGGCCUACUCCGAGGCUCUGGCCGCCUUCGGGAACGGGGCGCUGUUUGUGGAGAAGUUCAUCGAGAGGCCACGCCACAUCGAGGUGCAGAUCCUGGGGGACCAGUACGGGAACAUCCUGCACCUGUACGAGCGGGACUGCUCCAUCCAGCGGCGGCACCAGAAGGUGGUGGAGAUCGCCCCUGCUGCCCACCUGGACCCUCUGCUUCGGACCCGGCUCACCAGCGACUCUGUCAAACUUGCUAAGCAGGUGGGCUACGAGAACGCGGGCACCGUGGAGUUCCUGGUGGACAAGCACGGCAAACACUUCUUCAUUGAGGUCAACUCCCGCCUGCAGGUGGAGCACACGGUCACCGAGGAGAUCACCGAUGUGGACCUGGUCCACGCCCAGAUCCACGUGACCGAGGGCCGGAGUCUGCCCGACCUGGGUCUGCGGCAGGAGAACAUACGCAUCAACGGCUGUGCCAUCCAGUGCCGCGUCACCACCGAGGACCCAGCCCGCAGCUUCCAGCCAGAUACCGGCCGCAUCGAGGUGUUCCGGAGCGGAGAGGGCAUGGGCAUCCGCCUGGAUAACGCUUCCGCCUUCCAGGGAGCCGUCAUCUCCCCCCACUACGACUCCCUGCUGGUCAAGGUCAUCGCCCACGGCAAAGACCACCUCACAGCCGCCACCAAGAUGAGCAGAGCCCUGGCUGAGUUCCGAGUCCGAGGUGUGAAGACCAACAUCCCCUUCCUGCAGAAUGUGCUCAACAACCAGCAGUUCCUGGGAGGCACCGUGGACACCCAGUUCAUUGACGAGAACCCGGAGCUCUUCCAGCUGCGGCCCGCACAGAACCGGGCCCAGAAGCUGCUGUACUACCUUGGACAUGUCAUGGUGAAUGGCCCGACCACCCCAAUCCCCGUUAAGGCUGACCCCAGCCCCACCGACCCCAUUGUCCCUGUGGUGCCCAUAGGCCCGCCCCCGGCUGGUUUCAGAGAUAUCCUGCUGCGAGAGGGGCCCGAGGGCUUUGCUAAAGCCGUGCGGAACCACCAGGGGUUGCUGCUGAUGGACACAACCUUCAGGGAUGCCCACCAGUCCCUGCUGGCCACUCGUGUGCGAACCCAUGACCUCAAGAAGAUCUCCCCCUAUGUUGCCCACAACUUCAACAAGCUUUUCAGCAUAGAGAACUGGGGAGGAGCCACGUUCGAUGUUGCCAUGCGCUUCCUGUACGAGUGCCCUUGGCGGCGGCUGCAGGAGCUCCGGGAGCUCAUCCCCAACAUCCCGUUCCAGAUGCUGCUGCGGGGGGCCAACGCCGUGGGCUACACCAACUACCCGGACAACGUGGUCCUCAAGUUCUGUGAGGUGGCCAAGGAGAAUGGCAUGGAUGUCUUCCGGGUCUUUGACUCCCUCAACUACCUGCCCAACCUGUUGCUGGGCAUGGAGGCAGUGGGCAGUGCCGGUGGUGUGGUAGAAGCCGCCAUCUCUUACACUGGUGACGUGGCCGACCCCAGCCGCACCAAGUACUCGCUGCAGUAUUACAUGGAUUUGGCUGAAGAGCUGGUGCGAGCUGGCACCCACAUACUGUGCAUUAAGGACAUGGCAGGGCUGCUGAAGCCCUCGGCCUGCACCAUGCUGGUAGGCUCUCUCCGGGACCGCUUCCCUGACCUCCCGCUGCAUAUCCACACCCAUGACACGUCAGGGGCAGGUGUGGCAGCCAUGCUGGCCUGUGCCCAGGCUGGGGCUGAUGUGGUGGACGUGGCAUCUGAUUCCAUGUCAGGGAUGACUUCACAGCCCAGUAUGGGGGCUCUGGUGGCCUGUACCCGAGGGACUCCCCUGGACACAGGGGUACCCCUGGAGCGCGUGUUUGACUACAGUGAGUACUGGGAGGGGGCCCGGGGACUGUAUGCGGCCUUUGACUGCACGGCUACCAUGAAGUCUGGCAACUCGGAUGUGUAUGAGAAUGAGAUUCCAGGGGGUCAGUACACCAACCUGCACUUCCAGGCACACAGCAUGGGGCUUGGCUCCAAGUUCAAGGAAGUCAAGAAGGCCUACGUGGAGGCCAACCAGAUGCUAGGUGACCUCAUCAAGGUGACACCCUCCUCCAAAAUCGUGGGCGAUCUCGCCCAGUUCAUGGUGCAGAAUGGGCUGAGCCGGGCAGAUGCUGAGGCCCAAGCAGAAGAGCUGUCCUUCCCGCGCUCUGUGGUGGAGUUCCUGCAGGGCUACAUCGGCGUCCCCUACGGGGGGUUCCCUGAGCCCCUUCGCUCCAAGGUGUUAAAGGACCUGCCGAGGGUGGAGGGGCGGCCUGGAGCCUCUCUCCCGCCCCUGGAUCUGCAGGCGCUGGAGAAGGAACUGAUAGAGCGGCACGGGGACGAGGUGACCCCCGAGGACGUGCUCUCGGCGGCCAUGUACCCUGAUGUCUUCAAUACCUUCAAGGACUUCACUUCCACCUUUGGGCCUGUGGAUAGCCUCAACACCCGCCUCUUCCUGCAGGGCCCCAAAAUUGCAGAGGAGUUUGAGGUGGAACUGGAGAGGGGCAAGACACUGCACAUCAAAGCCCUGGCCGUAAGUGACCUGAACUGGGCCGGCCAGAGGCAGGUCUUCUUUGAGCUCAACGGACAGCUGCGGUCCAUUCUGGUCAAGGACACCGUGGCCAUGAAGGAGAUGCACUUCCACCCCAAGGCCCUGAAGGAUGUGAAGGGCCAGAUCGGGGCACCCAUGCCUGGGAAGAUAAUAGACAUCAAGGUGGCAGCAGGAGACAAGGUGGCCAAAGGCCAGCCUCUUUGUGUGCUCAGCGCCAUGAAGAUGGAGACUGUGGUGACCUCACCCAUCGAAGGCACGGUCCGCAAGGUCCAUGUGACCUCAGACAUGACACUGGAAGGGGAUGACCUUAUCCUGGAAAUUGAGUGA